GCGGCUGUCAGGGUGAAAACACUGAAGCUCUGCUGAACACGGACGUUCGGGAGGAACUCAGCGACACUGAUCUACUCAAACACCGGGCUCCGUCUUCAUCUUCUUCUUCUUCAUCUUCUUCUUCUUCUUUGUUGUUGUUGUUGUUGUUGAUCAUGAAAGCCAUCAGUCCCGUCCGCUCGGUGAGGAGCUGCUACAAGGCCGUGUGCUGCAUCUCGGAGCAGAGUCUCACCAUCAGCCGGAAUAACAAGCACUCGUGUCUGGAGGAGCCGGCGAACGCGCUGUGCGACAUGAACGACUGCUACUCGAAGCUGAAGGAGCUGGUGCCGAGUAUCCCGCAGAACAAGUCCGUGAGCCAGGUGGAGAUCCUGCAGCACGUCAUCGACUACAUCUUCGACCUGCAGAUCGCGCUGGAGGCGGAAGACGCGAGCGCGCCGGAGAUGGUUCUGUCAAUAAAGACUGCGGACCUCACUCAUAAUUUCUCCAAAGAAGAAAAACGGUUGUGCCACUAGGACGACGAUGACAUAUAAGGUGCAGGGAAACACAUGUCUCCACUUCAGUCCGGGCAAGAGGACAAGAGGGGCAGAGAGGGUGGGAUAGGUAUUUGAGAGAAGAGAAGAAGGAGGAGGAGGAGGAGGAGGAGG